AUGGCUGCAGUCAUGUUACCUCGGCCUGAUCUUGUGCCAAUACCACGCGUAAGUAGAUUGUUAUAAACUUCAAAGUGUGUGUAGUCUACCAGUCUUAAACGAACUCAUGAGAAGGCACUUAUUUAACGUUUAGCCUAAACUAUAUGCUUUUAUUUUAUCAUUAAUAGGAAUACGCGAAACCGUCUCCGUUGGCAAUGUUAGCCGCAACUUGCAGCAGAAUCGGGCAGACACCAACGAUACAUCAGCCAAGUAUGGAUUGUCGAAGUAAACUGAUAUCUCCGUAUUAUAGCGAACAGUUAUUCCUUCAACCUACAGCCACGGUCACGCCGCAUUACAGUUACCUAGAAAGAAAUCUCCCCUUAACCCCACCACCGGAGGGCCAUUGUAAUCCGUUUAGUGAAUACCACAGUAAGACUUUGAUGGCACCCACAUUCGCUUUGCCUUCUCCACAACGCAGUACAACCGGCCUACCCUAUUUCUCUAACCAUCCUUGUGCGCCUAACCCAAUGCAAGGGAUAACCAGCCUACCUUUUGGAAACCCCGAAUGUAAAACCUUAUCCUGGUGGAGCGUCGAGCCACCCAAGACGCAACAUCAUAUCCCACACAACACAAUUCCAAGUUGGUCCUGCGCAACGACACCCGUCUCCUCUUGUGUCACAUCCAUUCCAGGCUUGCCAUUGGCCUUAGCUUCAACGCAAGUCCCGGGGACGCGAAGAUGCAGACGUUGCCGAUGCCCAAACUGUCAAAUGUCUACAAAUACGGGCACUCCGAACAAACGCAAAGAACAUAUAUGUCAUAUCCCCGGUUGUGGGAAAGUCUACGGUAAAACUUCGCAUCUCAAAGCGCAUUUACGCUGGCAUAGUGGCGAGAGACCUUUUGUGUGUCAUUGGCUGUUCUGUGGUAAAAGUUUCACGCGCUCUGAUGAACUACAACGGCAUCUGCGUACGCAUACCGGGGAGAAAAGGUUCUCUUGUGCCGAAUGUGGAAAGCGAUUUAUGCGCAGUGAUCAUUUGAGGAAACAUCAGAAAACCCAUCAGAAUAAACCCAAAACCGAAAAAUCAGAACUUCAAACCGCAGAAAAUACCGUGAACAUUAACACCAAAGACUAUAGUCCUAAAGAUUUAGUUCAAGAAUAAUUGAGAAUAACUUUCUAUAGCAUAGUAUAGCCGACACUUUUGAGUAUAGUAUAGCCGACACAUAGCCUCGGGUAGCUUCGCUGUUCUUGCGACAAGGAAAUAAGUUAUAUCGAAAGCAUCGUGAAUAUCACGAAUUGAGUGUUAGUUCCAAUUUAAAUAUUUUUUCCUCCGAUAUAUUUGACAAAUUUUGAUUUGUGUUUGAACUUUUUAAUCAAUCAAUCAACCAAGAAUUUAGUUAGUGCAUGUAUUUUUUUGCUCUAUAAUUUUUCUCUGCUGUUUUAGAGUUUACUGAAUUACUGGUUUAUAAUAUUAAAGAGAGACUUUGUGUAUAUACCAAUAUACUCGAGUUUCUAAAAGCAGUUGUUUCAUAAUAGGAAAAAUGAUAAAAUUAAAGAAUACGAUAUUUUAAGCCUCAUAACCUUCCAAUAUCUUAUACUUAUUGCAAAAAAUUUUACUUUUUACUUAAUUUCAGCCGAAACGAUGUUUCCAGAAUUCGCGUUAUAACCUGAACAAAAUUCCUUUAAAAGAAUGUAUGAAGUUUUGUCUUGUGGUUGUAUCUUACAGGUCUUGACAAAAGCCACAAAUGCCUUGUUUUGUUUUCAACGUUCAAGCAUGCCGAAUACCGCGACGAUUCUACAAGAGCUUUGCAAAUAGUGUCACAGUGACAUAAGACAGAAAAUAUUUCAGCGAAGCUACCCUAUGGCUAGGAGUCGGAUUAUAUAAUGUGAAAUGACAUAUUCAUGUUACAUAUAUAGCUGAAUCUAUUUAUUAACAAAUUUCACCCUUGUAUAUAUGUAUUAAAGGUUUAUGCACACAAAAUUACACAGAUUAUAAUAUUCGUUCAAAUAAAAGAAUUACAAUGAAACGAAAGUGUCCUAGCUUUUAAAUCUUUUUACAUAGAUGCUCCAGUCCACGUAUUGUAUUCUACAAUAAGCUGUCGUUGCUCGUGUCAGAACUAUACCUGAAAAAGGUCUGUCCAUGCAUGUAUUGUAGAUAGUGUUCUCAAUAACCUGCCUAUAUAGUUUGUGUCUGAACAACCUGAAAAAGAUAUCUCAAACGUGGGGUCCAGUAUAGGUAGGGUUCUACAAAAGGCUGUAAUUUUCCCUUUCUCAGCUAUAUUAAACUAUUUCCAUUUAAUUUAAUUCGUUAUGCCAUUUGAAAGUUGCUGAUAAAUUUUCCCCAAAUCCGCCGUUGCAUGCUUUCAAAGUUUCCUUAUGACGGAUAUAGUAUAAGUAAUAAGACCAGAAUGCUGCUUGUCCCUUGCGGGCCUUGAUUUGUGUUAGCAAAAUUUAGCCUCGAUAACUGGGGCCACCACGUUUGAAAUAUCCUAGCCAGGGCAGUGAAGAUACAAGCCGCUGCAGCUUGUUGUAGAGUUUAUCAGACGAACCAUAUCCGUCGGCAUCGCGUCUGUCGGGGCCGCGUUGUGUAUGUAGGCAACACUGUUCUGGGAACAAGUCCUGUUCUCAUGGCAGUCUGCUUGAUAUUUUCCUAAUAGUAAUACUUCGUAUAAUGCCAGUAUAGACGAUCAUGAAGCACGGACAAAAUCAUGUAUCGAUAGAUAAUUCGUCUUGACGGAUUCGUCAACGUACCGCGUUUAUCGCUACAUGCAGCGACGCAUCAGACGGAACUGCCUUUUCUUUGACUUUGCUCAAAACUUGUGCAUUAAUAUGGUCUUAAAGAACUGUGCACAGACUGCACUAUAUGUUAUUAAAGAAAUAGUCAAUGAAUCAUGUUAAUUAUACUCGAUAUAGUUGUUUUUCUAGCCCUGACCUCGUUGUACAUUAUUUUCAUUUCAUAAUUCUAGAUGCUUCGUUGUAAAUUGCAGCUAUCAAAUUAAACUAAACAUAGAGUAUUUAAAAAUGCUUUUAAAUGCUAAAUUAUCUUCCUUUUCGCAAGAGCAGGUUAUCAAAUUGCCCUGCUGUGUGGCUAAAAAGCUUUUUAAUUGCUUAACAGGUUGUGUUUUUUUCAAACCAGACUUGCCUUUUAAGUCUCGCUGACCAUGUGAGCCAAUUAAUGCCCAAUAAUAUUCAUGUCAAUAAUGUUAUGUAAUCAUCCUUCACACAAAUGCGCUACAAUGCCACUGAUCUUAAAAAAUUGCACUGGAUCAAGUGUUUGAAUCGAAUAUACAAACCACGACAGCUUACUGUAGAAUACUACCUACACUGGACGACCACGUUUGAAAUAUCUUCUUCAGGUAGUUCAGACACAAACCAUGUAUGGCAGCUUAUUAUAGAAUACUACCUACACUGGACCACCACGUUGAGAUAUCUUCUUGAGGUAGUUCAGAUACAAACCAUGGCAGCUCAUUGUAGAAUACUACCUACACUGGACCACCACGUUUGAGAUAUCUUCUUCAGGUAGAAUACUACUUACACUGGAUCACCAUGUUUGAAAUGUCUUUUUCAGGUAGUUCAGAUACAAACAACGGCAGCUUAUUGUAGAAUACUACCUACACUGGAUCACCACGUUUGAGAUAUCUUCUUCUGGUAGUUCAGACACAAACCACGGCAGCUUAUUGUAGAAUACUAGCUACAUUGCAUGGACGCUAUGUUUGAGAUAUCUUUUUCAGACACAGACCACGACAGCUUAUUAUCGGAGACGCUACUUAUAAACUGGACCCCCUAGCAGACGGUUUUUUUGGGGGAGGAGUUUGUUACGUUUGAGAUAUCUUUUUCAGGUAGACGGAAGCUAAUGCUUAUUAUAAAUUUAUACCUACCCGGGCAAACGGCCUCUUAGAUAUAUGCGAAUAUGAUAAUGUAAUUGCCUAUAUAAGUAUUAGUUUCGUUUAUGCUUUUCCUUUCUAGAUUUGAAGUGAGGGCGUUGCAGCGAUCUUUUUUUAAGAAAAUGAGUUUGUGUUUCUAUGGUGUGACUGACAAACUACAAGAUUGGACCAAGUGGUAUUCUUCGUAGAUUACCAAAAAUGGGUCCGACAGACGUGUGACAUUUCUAUAUGAAGGAGAUUCCUGAAAUCUUGAUAUAUAUUGGUUUUCAAAAUUUUGCUUGAGUCGACUUAGUGAUUUUUUCUCGCAAGUUGUAUUUGUGAAUGUGGGAAAAAGUCGCCAAAUUUAUUUCGCCUCUUUCAGAAUCAUCCUCAGAGAUACCAAUCUCAAACAUAUAUAUCGAGAGAGGUCUAUACCGUCUAGUAUAGGUAGUAUUCUACAAUAAGCUUCCGUGAUUUCUGUCAGAACUACCUGAAGAUAUUUCAAGCCUGGUGUAGUUUACAGACCUGUGGGAACAAAAAUAUUAUAGUAUACAAAAAGUGUAUCUUCACUAAUAUUAUAAAACAGUAUAAACUCUCCGAAACAAUAGAGCAAAAUUAUACAGCAAAAAAACAGUGAUUUGUCGGUCCGAACUAACUGAAAGUUUUUAUAUCGCACUAUUUUUCAAAAUCUGAAGAUGCAUGGAGUUAUUAUACUCUGUGGUCUGAGUUAAUCACGGACACACUCAAUUGUGAAAUGCGGAUAGACUGAUAGAGACAGUUCCGUUUAGACAAGAACUAAAGAUACUUUGAUGUUUCAGACGAAGCCAAUAGCCUUUCUAAGGAGGUUACCAUAUAGCGACUUUCUGACAAAAGGUCUUCACUCGAAGUGUCAAAGUUAAGUUUUUUAAUAUCUUAAAUUCGUGAUCAUGUAGUUCAGACAAAAACCAUACCAAUAUAAAAAAAUGCCUGCACGGAUAGCUUAUUGUAUAGAACACUCAUGCCACACUUAAACCUACCCAAUAUUUCUUCACUUCAAAAUUCUGGAAACUUCUACCAUUUUUGAGUUCAAAGAAUGCGUGCGGAAAAUAACUAAUUUAUAACGGUUGCAUAUCGUAAUCUGGCCAGCGUAGCAGCCACUUUUCCGUGAGGAAGGACUUCCUCAUUUUUACCGCUCGCAAUCCUCCCAAAAAACCGGCGUCUAUAUACGCAUGUUAAUCACGGCGAAGGUUUUGUGUUUUCUACAAAAAAAAACAUUGUCGAACAUUCCGCGGUACAAGCGCGCAAACCACUUGUGCGUUUUUAAGUGGAAAUAUUGGAUUCGAUGCUUAUGGUUUAUAGCGAGAGGUGAUGAUGUCGAGGACCCGUGGGAGUAGGUUUGGACUACACGGAAAUAUUACCAUAUUUAGUUCGAUUUAUUUCAGCGUGGAAUUCUGCAAGUCAUGUUUUGCUGAAACGCUUCCUAUAGCUAGGCGGAUUUGCAUGAUUUUGAGAUAUUAAUAUAUUGAUAAAGUAAUGUUUAGUUCGUGAAGCUGAAUGAUAGGAUUUAAAUUUGUUACAUUAAAUUCAAAGUGCAUGCAGUAUAGUGAGGAGAUUCCGAUGUAUCUUAAAUAAUGAAAUCCCAGAAACACUCGCUUAAAAAAUCUCGGAAUACUUUUCAGUUUCAUUUACCGUUUUGAGAUUGACUUUAUUUCCGCGUGUCUGUUUUGGCAGUGUCGCCGUAGCGAGGUGAGAGCAACCGAGAGGGGAUUUUCGUGGCGGGACACUGUGCAACUGAUGCAUAGAAUAUAGAAUCAAUUAAUAGCAUCAAAUUGUGGGAACAGCUUGUAGCGACUGCGUCUCUGGUACUCGGUUAUGACUACACCUUUGUUAUCCCUAAACCAAACACCAAUUUUUUUGAAAAAUAAUCUUCAAUAUAAUGGAGCAGUAGUAUGGAAUUCAAAUUAUUCAAUACCAAUUGAAAUUAGGAAUUCCACUUCGCUGAAAAUAUUCAAAACUGUAGUAUAGAAAUAAUUUGUGUAUAUAGCUUUAAUUUCUCCUUUUCCUUGUAAAUAUCGUAAAUAAUUCAAAUGUCACGGCGCCUGGGAAGAUCAUUUCAAUUUGGAUGACAGGCCUCCGUGCUUAAAUAAAGUUUACUAUGACUAUCGUCGAGCUUAUUACAUGUCAUCUUUGCAAAACGACGUGUUAGCUCGCGUAUUACAAACUUGUCGCCAAAAGGCUUGUGAAUGAUUACAAAAUUGUCAAUUUGUCAGUCACUUGGACCAACUCGUGAUAUUCGUAGCGUGUGUUCCAUGUGAGUAAAAAAGUUUUUUUCGGCUUCCAGUUUGCCCAUCUGUGAUGGACUGCAGGGCCGCCCAGAAGGGGGGGGGGCAAAGGGGGCAAAUUGCCCCGGGCCCCGAGUUGCUUGGGGCCCCUGAAAAUUUUUUGUAGGGCCCCAGGCUUUUUUGUGUGUUAAAUAUUUCCGCGCAAAGGACAAGAUAUCUGUUUUCUUGGGCUAAGUACCGAAUUUUGGCAUAAAAAAAUGAGAUAAAGUCCCUCGAAAGCAUUUGCAACGUACUCGUCCGGCAAAAUUUUGUACUCGGGAAAAAAAUUUUUACCGCUAAAAUGGUACACUGACCGAAAAUUUUUUGGGGACGGGGGGGGAGGUUGUUAUCCGGAAAAAAUUUUUUCCGGGAAAAAUUUUUUAGAUAGGGGCCCCUAAAAAAAUUUGCCCCGGGCACCCGCCAACCUCUGGGCGGCCCUGAUGGACUGUGUCAGUUUUUUAAACAACAUUUUUACUAGUGUUUAACGCAUUCAAAAAGUUUUUAAAUUACUGUGAAUUAAAAGAAAAAUUGGGCUUCAUACUAGUUAUCUUAUUGCAUUGCAAAUAGUUUCCAAUAAAAGAUAAUGAAUAGCAUAAUUACAUAUGCCAAAAUGAUCGACUCGAUUACUUUCUAUUUGCAUUAAUUGCCAUGAAGAUUUAAUUUGCAUAAGUAGUGUAUAUGUUUUCUCUAAUGUGAUAAAAGUUUGUGAUACUGUUUCUGUGCGAUAAUUCAAGUGCCUUUUAGGGGCUGAUUACAUGGUGCCGGGCUGGCCCGGUUAACCGUGCUGACUCGUUUGUUUAGGACCUUACUGUGGUUUUAAAACUUGCGUAAAAUUAAUUUGCGAUAAAUAGUUGGUUUAGUAUGGAUGCAAUAGCAUCCUAAACCCGACUCAAAACUCAUUUUGCGGCCCAAGGAAGAUUUUCGUGUUCAGCCCGGUUAACCGGGCUGGCUCGGUCCAUGUAAUCAGCCCCUUAGUCUCUAAAUUAUAUGUGAUAACUUAUUCUAAAUUAAGUUCUUUGAAUGUUUGCAUGGCGAUAAAAUAUAAUUGUUUUUGUUUGUGGAAACACCACGUAAAUUUAUUAUUUUAUUCUAAAUUGUUAUCACUUCUACUUAUUUUCCUACAACCAUCAUUUCCAAAAAUUUUCAGAUAAAAUUGUUGAUUUUUUUAGCGUUUUUUUUAAAAUUAUAUCGCGCUUAUAGACAAGAACAACACCACAAACAAACAUACCUACACGACCUACCCGAACAAUUAUCGACAUUUUUAGCGGCUGACAGCUGAAGCACAAAAUAAAUAAUAAGACCAGAAGUCUCACUCGAUGUCGGAAUCUUUGAUGUUGAUGUCCCCGCGCAUGUCGCCUCGCGCAUCUUGGCCGUGUCUCGUUUCCAGUGCCCUAAACAAGUGUAAUUUGACAAAUUUACGUCUAAACAUUAAGGAGUGAGAAAGUUAAAACGAUACCAAUCGAGUUUUAGAGCUUUGGUGACCAUUUUAAAAGAAUAUAUGAUAAAUUCAAAG